AUGGCCACAUACAGCUUAACUGAAUCCCUCGCCGCCCUCAUAAACCAAUAUGGUUUAGAUAACAAUGAGGCGGGCCUCGCCGCCAUCGCCACCGUCGCCGCCCAGGCUCCCCUCCCUGCCCCUCAGGCACACCAUCCUCCGCCAGUAAUCGCGUCAUACCUCGAAACGAGGAACUCUUUUGCCCCCCUUGAGUCUUCUGCCCCCUUAGAGAUGGAGUACGCAUGCUCCGAGUCCUCGGCGCCGGCCUCCCGGAAGAGGCCCGCCCCCACUUCAGGCUCCGGUUCAUCGGAGACCUAUCACUCCGACGGAACCGGGGAGUCUACAUUUACCACCGUUAACUCCAAGCGCAACGGUAAGCGCGCAGCGUUAAAACGUACCCCCCCUAUCUCAGCGGCCCCUGCCACUCCUACAACCUCCGCAGCCCCCGCCGCUGCCGCCAUCCCACUUAUGUCACUAGAUAUCCCAACUCCGACAAAACCAUCCUCUCGAUGUGCACCAGUCCUUGCUAAGAAGCAAGUCCCGCCCCCUGUCUUCCUUAGAGACAAGGCAAAAUUUACCCAACUGUCGAAAACCUGCUACGACGCAGGAAUCAAGUACGACCAUGCCGUCAACCUCGGGGAGGCUAUCAAAAUCAUCCCCAGCUCGAUCGAGGAUUUCCGUCAACUCACCAGGCUAUUCACAGCCGAAAGAGUUUCGUAUCACACUUACGCUCUCCCGGAAGAGCGUAAAAGCCGUCAUCCGAGGCGUCCCUUUCGAAUUCUCCAACGAGGAAAUCCUUGA